UUUUUUUGUUUUAUUUUCGAAUGAUUGAAUCAAAUGUCAUCUCAUAUUGCAAUUGUUGAUAUGCAAAAACUCAACAUUGAAAAUUUUUUUCGUAUAUCAGUCCACCAUGAUUAUAUAUUCAUCACCAUCAUCGUCCAUAUAAUCAUCAAAGUGCAAAAAAUCACCAUAGAACAAUUGAUAUAUAAAUCAUUUGAUUGAUUCAUCCAAGUUAUUAAUGUUCAAAAAAAUUUUAAAAAACAUUUUCUAUGAUGUUGAUGAAUGUAUCAACAACAUUGAAUCAUCUUUAGAAUUGUCAUCCUUUUUUAGUGUUUUGUUAUUGUUUGCCAAGUGAAAACAAGAAAAAAAUGUCAUCCAUAAUGAAAGAAGAUAAGAAUGAGUCGAAUAAGGUGGAUACUGGUGAACAACAAAUAAAACCAUUUUCAAUGAUACCAGGACCAUGGCCAUCAUUACCAUUCAUUGGUACUGGAUGGUAUAAUUUAUAUUGUUCAUUAAUUGGUCGUUAUGAUCUCAAUAAAUUACAUGAAAUUUAUAUUGAAAAAUAUCGUACAUAUGGUCCAAUAUUUCGCGAAGAAUAUCAAAGACAUCGACCAAUUGUUCAUAUAUUUGAUCCAGCUGAUUUUGAAACAGUCUUCAAAUAUCAAGGACGUUGCCCGAUACGACCACCAAGUGAAUUUGUUUCAUGUUUUCGCCGUUCACGUCCGGAUCGUUAUCCAAAUGUUGGUCUAGCUAAUCUUAAUGGUGAUGAAUGGCUUGACCAACGUAAUAAGCUUGCGCCUGCCAUCAUGAAAUUGUCAACAAUCAAUGAAAAUAUGUUGAAUCAAAAUGAAAUUUGCAAUGAUUUCAUUGAAUAUCUUUCCAAUAUUAAAGAUCCUGUAACAAAUGUUGUAGAUAAUAUUCAAGAAGCUACCUAUCGAUUAGCUCUUGAAUCUAUUUGUAUGCUUUGUCUUGACACUAGAAUUGGUGCAUUUCAAACGACGACAACAACAAAGCAACAACAACAGCUACCAGAAACAACACCAUCCGAUGCUGAAAUAUUGAUUGAAUCAACAAAACUUUUAUUCGAUACAUUCAACAAACUUUAUUAUGGUUAUCCAUGGUGGAAAUUAAUGAAAACAAGUGUUUACAGUGAUUUAGAGCGAGCUGAAUCAAUGAUUUAUGAUGUAGCAUCAAAACACGUACAAAAAGCAAUAGAUGAUCAAUUGAAUGAAAUAUCCGAUCGACAAACAGUGUUACAAACAUUGUUAAAAACUGAACAAUUGAGCAAUGAAGAAAUCAAAUUGACAAUCAUUGAUUUUAUAAUUGGAGGCAUUUUCACUGUAUCGAAUACGUUUGCCUAUCUAUUCUAUCAUCUGGCUUCAAAUCAGCCUGUACAAGAUAAACUUUAUACUGAAAUUCAAUCGGUUAAAGAUGAUAAUGCCUUCACAGAUGAUUUUACACCCAAACAUCUGGCUAAAAUGCCCUACCUCAAAGCUUGUGUUCAAGAAUGUUUCCGACUUAAUUGUCCUGUUCCCGGUAUAAUGAGAAUAACGAUCAAACCCACAAUAUUAUCAGGAUAUGAAAUUCCAGCCAAUACAAUUGUCUUUUCUCAUCUAAUGGCUACAUGUCGUUUGCCAGACUAUUUUCAAAAUCCUGAUCAAUUUCUUCCAGAAAGAUGGUUAGAUCCAAUAGAAAAAAGUACGAUUCAUCCAUUUUCAUUGUUACCAUUCGGUUAUGGUAAUCGAAUGUGUUUGGGCAAAAGAUUUUCUGAAUCAGAAUUGUAUUUAUCUCUUGCCCGACUUAUUCAAGCUUUUCAAUUAAAUUUAAUCGAUAGCCAUGAACAACAACAACAACAAUUGGAAUUGAAACAUGCAUUCAUUGUGAUACCAGCUCAUCCAAUCUCUUUACAAUUAACACCAAGAUGAUAUUAAAACGACACAAUGAACAAAUUAAUAAUAAUCAAUGAUCAAUGAUUUUAAUUACUACAAAGAAAUAAAAAUUAAAACAAACA